AUGACCUCUUUCAUCAAGCCAUAUUUCCUUUCCCUCUCCCCGUCCUCAACCUGGGACCCCUUGUUCAAGGGUCUGUAUCACGGAGUCAGAGCAUCCCUCGUGAUAUGGAGUCAAGUCUAUCUCUACGGCGUGCGGGCGAUCAUUUUAAUCGAGCUAGGUGCUAUCGUCGCUUUGCACCUCUCGCUGUCCCUGAUUCCCGAUUACUUUGAGAACUCGCGCGAUGGGUGGUCGUCCGAAUCAGAGUCCAUGGAGUUUGUAGGGGAGGUUCUCGGUCUGGGCAUGGAGCUGAUCACGGCUUAUCUGCUGUACAAGCGACCGCACCCGCGAAGAUCUGAUGCUGGAGUGGGGAAUCAGUAA